AUGUCUCUUUUACCUUUCAUAUGGCUUUUCCUGCCGAAUGUUGUUCGCUCAAUACUAGAGAACAGUGUGGAGAAUGGCGUGGUCAGGUAAAUUAAAUCUGAGUUGAAUUGAGUUAGGUCUUAGUUCAAAAAUAUUUUAACCUAAUACAAAAAGUUUCCGGAUCGAUUAAAAGAAAAAAAUAUUAAGAAAAUUCCUCAUAGUCUAUUCAUAUUUCUUUUGUCCAUUUUCUGAAGCACAUUUUUUGGUUCACAAACUUCUCCAAUGCAUAUUUCAGCACCCCAAAGCCAAAUAUCAUUCUGUUCAUUGCGGACGACCAGGAUUCUCUCCUCGGAUCAAUGGAAUUUAUGCCUAAGACCUUAAAAUUUAUGAGGAAACGAGGCGCUGAGUUCGAAAAUGCGUUUGUCUCCACACCAAUGUGUUGUCCCAGUCGGACGUCGAUUUUGACCGGCCUGUACGCACAUAACCACAAUGUUAUGACCAACAAUUUGAACUGCGCUGGAGCGGAAUGGAGGUAGUUCUCGGGGAUUCGCGCAAGUCGUUGAUUAAUAUUGGGCUUGAUUUUCAGUCGGAGUUUGCGACGAACAUGUCGAUCUUACCCUGUUAUUCAAUUUCAGAGACAAGUUUGAAAAAGAAACUUUUGCUGUUUAUCUGAGGGACGUCGGUUAUCAAACUGCUUAUUUUGGCAAAUAUCUUAACGAAUACGACGGGUCGUAUGUUCCUCCGGGAUGGGAUGAAUGGGCCGGACUAAUUCGCAACAGCCGCUUCUACAAUUAUACUGUAAACAGAAAUAAUGUAAAGGAAAAGCACGGUUUUGAUUAUUACGACGACUAUUUCACGGAUCUUGUUACGAACAGCACGACUGACUUUUUGGAGAAAAGAAUUCUACAAGAGCAAACAAAGCCCUUCCUGAUUGUCGUGUCAUAUCCGGCGCCACAUGGGCCAGAGGAUCCAGCUCCGCAAUAUGCAAAAAUGUUCGAAAACGUCGACACUCAUAGGUAAGUACUCUACGCGUCCCUCCACACACAGCAAAACAAGCUUUUUUAAGCAAUAGAGUCGCAUGUUACUGUGCACAAAUUUCAGGACGGCGGCUUGGAAUUACGCUCCCAACCCAGAUAAACAAUGGAUCUUACAACGGACGGGAAAAAUGGAAUCUACACACGUCUUCUUCACCGAUUUGCUUCACCGUCGAAGGCUGCAAACACUGCAAAGCGUCGACGAUUCUGUCCAGAGAGUAAGGAUCACAACUCUUCAACAACUUUUUUUAGAUUAUGAACUUUCUCCGCGCAACAAACCAACUACAGAACACUUUCACGAUGUACACCAGCGAUCAUGGCUACCAUCUUGGACAAUUCGGCUUAAUCAAAGGAAAGAGUAUGCCGUACGAAUUCGACAUCAAAGUCCCGUUUUUUAUUAGAGGACCUGGUAUUCACAAAGGAAUUAUGUAAGUUACGCUUCCCGAAUGUGUCAAAGCAUGCCCAGAAAACGCGAGCCAAUUCUCAACAUCGACAUAGCUCCGACCAUAUUGCACAUUGCCGGAAUUGACAUUCCAGAGAAAAUGAACGGAGAAUCCAUCUUGAAAGCGUUCGAAGCAGAGUUCAAGUGGCGCCAAACUGUGCUCAUCGAAAGGGGGUCAGUUCUUUGGUCGUAUGCGCUAAUCAUACCGUUUAAGAAAAAUGCCAAGGCUGAAGAAGGUUGGAGAACGCUUUAGGAAGCAAAAAGAGCAUUUCAACAAGUACUUAAUCAUCUCCAGGCAGUGUUCCAAAGCCAAAUAUAGCGCGCCUUGCAAAGCAAGACAGGUAAGGAGAUUUUUACAAUUUUUUUCUUUGCAAAAGUGUUAAAACUUACAUUAGUUUGCUGGUUUGGUUUUAAAAAAAUCCAGCAUCGUAAACUUCAAGUAACCAAAAUUCAGGACUGGGCGUGUGUAAAAAAUCCCCUUAACCGAUGGCGAAUAAUAAAGUGUCGGCAGCGCGAAGACGACGAAAAAUGUCAAUGUCGAGGAAAACGAGAUAUUCCGGUGUUUGGUGAAGAUUCUAAGGACCAGCUGGACAGAUGGGAAGAUGAAUUUCUGGCCGAAAGCUUUGACGAAAUACUUGCGGAGUCCGGCGAAUGGUUUCAAGGAACGUUGCAAGUUGAUGACGAAGCCAGAAAUCGAAUGAAAAGAGAGAUCAAUGAAAUUCGAUUGGAAGUGGUCGAUGAACAUGUUGAUGAAAACUCAGGACAAGAAGACAAAUUGUGUGCGUUCAAAUCGAAAAAAUGGUGUAGUCUUCCGGCAAACAUCACUCGAAGACAAUGGGAUCGGCGAAAAUACCGGGUUGACCUAAAAAUCCAAAAACUCAAGGACCGAAUACUUGCGAUCAAGGUACGGUACUAAUUUUUCUGCUUCAUAAAGAAGAUACUGAAAAUAGUCGUCUUAAGCGAAAAUGACUUCAUAUGUAGUACAUGAAUAUACAACACUCUAAGCAACGUUUCUAGGAUAUCCGAAAGGCCCUCCGACAAAGUAAACCUGAAGAGGAUUCUAAAGGAAUGUCUGACGUAAAUGCCGAAGAGAAAUGCGAUUGCGAACAAACUCGGAUGAAACAUCGGUUUAAGUAAGAAUCUUGCUUUAUAAAAAAUCGUCUUUUAGGAAUCCGUUUUUUGCGGCAAACAAUCGGACUCUCAAAAAUUGCACGUUGCCUCAGAUGAACUGUUUUGAGCACUCGGAUUCGCAUUGGAAAACCGAACCGAAGUGGCCUUCCGAACUGGGAUCAUUUUGUUUUUGUCAGAAUUCCAACAACAACACUUAUUGGUGUCUGCGGACGGUGAAUGAGACCCACAACUUUUUGUACUGCGAGUUUGUAACAGGAUUUCUGAGCUUCUACGACUUUAAUGUGGAUCCGAACCAGGUUAGUUAAGGAAGAGACCAAUAUCACCAACUUAGCAGGUUCAUUCGGUCAGUAUUACUGUGCGCUAGCCUUCCACUUGCUUAUUUAUUAUAAGUGAAAUGUGUGGAUCUUUAUGCUAGCAAUUGACAGCCGUUUCUAACCAAAUUUUUUCCAGCUGACAAACGCCAUCUUCGAGUUAGAAAACCACCGUUUAUCGCAGCUCAACGAUCAACUGCUCAACUUAAAAUCGUGUUCGAAUCAAGAAGAAUGCGAGAAUUACAGUGCGGCCGAUUGGGAUCAAAGAAUUAAACCGUUAGAAUCCCCAAAUCCGAGUAAUAACAGCGAAAUGAAAUCUGUUUAA